ACAGAAGGUUUUGAUGAAAUGUGCUGAGUCUGCUCAUCUUGUACGAGUGUUGCUGAACCAAGGGGUGUGUAUGACAUGAAUGAAAAACAGGACAGGCCUUAUGUGUGCAGCGCCCCAGGCUGCUCUCAGUGCUUCCAGUUGGAGGAGCAUCUGAUCAUUCACAGACACAAGCAUGAGAUGACCCUCAAGUUCCCCUCCAUUAAGACGGACAGAGCUUUUGCAGACCAGACUCCGACACCAACUCGGUUUUUGCAGAAUUGUGACGAGGUUGGUCUUUUCAAAGAGAUAGAGGAAGAGUUUCUUCAAGCAGAAGAAGAAGAAAAGAGCAAACAGGUGCUUUCCCAUAAUGGGGCGUCAUGUAUAAACCAACACCAGCUCAAACCCCAGCUUCAGCUCCAGCACCCACCCAAGCUUCAGCACCCACAUCCCCAGCCACUGUUGCACCAUCCUCAGACCCAACCCCUACAGCAUCCUCAGUCUCAUGGCUCCUUGAUGGGCCUUAGCUGCAGCCUGGCUGUGCAACAAGCUCUGCCCUCCUCCCAGUCUGGAUCAGUCAGCACUCUAACACACUCAGGACCAGUUCCCGAGUCGAUGACCUCCCUCCUCCACAGACACAGACAACCGCUGCCAGCCUCUUUGCCUGGCACCCUGCCAGACCCCGCCAUGCAAGGGGCAUCUGCUCAGCACGUGUCUAGAUCCAAACAGACACUGGGUCAUCAUCUCCAGCAGCACCACCCAGGAAUGGUCACCAUCAACAACCCUGUUACAUCCAUGGGUCAUAUGAUGGAGAUGAUGUCACAGCAUUAUCAGGCACCUCCACUACAGCAUCACCACCACCACCCUCAUCAUCAUCAUCAUCCUCAUCAUCCUCAUCAUCCACAGCCUCCAGCUCCACCCCUCACCUACCAACAGAGAUGUUCUGCCCCUCCUCCACAGCACCUGGGACGCUCCCACAGCCACCAGCUUCACCAGUCAGGGAAUGUACCGAUCAUUCAGGCUCACCACUCACCACCUUCACACCUACACCAGCACUCACCUCCUGCACCUCCCCUGACUGUUCCAGCACAGUUAUCACCAGUUGCACAGCAGAUGCAGCCCUCCCAGCCUUCCCAUUCCCAGCAUGCAGUGCAGGCAGGAGGUAGCUGCAGUGGUGGGGCAGGAGGGGCAGGAGGCGGUGGCAGCCGUCGCAGGAGGGUGGCAGAGCAGGACCCCGAUGAGCGCAGGCAGAAGUUUCUGGAACGUAACCGGGCUGCAGCCACUCGCUGCCGACAGAAGAGGAAACUGUGGGUAUCAUCGCUGGAGAAGAAAGCUGAAGAGCUGACACACACAAACCUGCAGCUACAGAAUGAGGUGACAUCACUGAGAUCAGAGGUGGGUCAGCUGAAGCAGAUUCUGCUCACCCACCAGGACUGUCCUGUCACCGCCCAGCAGAGAGAGGCACAGGGGUACACCACUGCAGGGGUGAGUCCAGGAGGAAGUCCCACCCCUGUAGAUCCCAGGUCUCAUCAGCAGGCCAUCCAUCACAACAGCAUCUCCACCUCCUCGACAGAUGGAGGUGACACAGGGCAAAACCCCCAGCCUGGAUGCUAGCUCUCACCACAUAGAGGAAGGGGGUGGGACUGGAUAACUGAAUCCUGCCAGACUGACUUAUAGUUCUGUGGUGAUAACACUUAAGUCUCACUAGACAGUGGUUCUGGAUACAAGAACUCACAAAUACAUGUAACCACAGGUAUUUCUCCACAUUAUAAUAAUCUUUUAUGACUGGAGAGGAGACCAGAGACACGUGUUUUAUUUUUCUGUAACAGGUACAAAAAAUUACCUUUUCUUUGUUAAAAGCUGUGAUGGUUAAAUGGCAAUUGGAUCCUGUUUUUAAUCAGAAAGUGUUUGUUGCUGUUCACAGCUACUAUAUCUGACCAUUGCCUGCUACCCGUUGACUAUGCACGCACACUAUCAUAACACAUUUCAUUUUAUCUUGCAUUAAUUUAAAAAAAGCAAAUAGUUUAUAUUUUUAACUGAGCAGCUACAAGUGCACUCUGUAUGCCUUCUUUUUGAUGAGGGACAGCUUAUCAAAACUAUGUAUUUUUAUACAAAUAAUUAAGACAAAGUUUUUUUUAAGAUUUCAAAUCAAGGUGUCUGUGUUGGAAAGCCAUUAAGACAUAAUUGUAGUGUUUCCUUUUAAGCACUUUUUAUUUUAAACUGCCCUAAAACACUAAAUAGCUUUAGCACCACCUCU